AUGCGGACCUCACGCAUCUCCCGCGAUACAGCGCGAAUCCUUGCUGCGAGCAGCACGCGGAGAGCCUUGCGUCAACCCCGAACCGCAUCGAAUGCAGCGAACCCCAGUGCCGGAGCAAGCAUGAUCAAGGCAGAAGCUGAAAAUGAUACGAUGAACGCGUCUGAUUCUGCAUUGAGUUCUGUGCCGCCGGAUCCGAGCUCGGACAAUGACACGCAACCAGCACCCAAGAAGAGGAAAAGGGGCCAAAGCAAUCCAGUUGUUAUUAAGCAUGAAGUAGAGGAAACUUCAAUCACUGCGAUCACGUCACCGAAGAAAGCUCCAAAGACGAAGAAAGCGCGCGCUGCGCCUGCGAAAAAGACCAAAACUAGUGAUGGAACAGUCAAGAUUGAACCGCCGGCGAACUGGGAGGAGAUGUAUGCCCUAACCAGGGAGAUGCGCAAUGAAAACGUUGCUCCGGUGGAUACCAUGGGAUGUGAGAGUCUGGCGGAGAGGCAGAGGACGCCGCGCGACCAACGAUUCCAGACGCUUAUAGCCUUGAUGCUCAGCAGCCAGACCAAGGAUACCGUUCUGGCACCUGUUAUGCGGAACAUGCAGGAGAAGAUGCCAGGCGGCUUCAACCUUGAAUCAGUUCUUGCACUCGAACCACCAGCGCUGAAUGCAUUCAUCAAUAAGGUGGGGUUCCACAACCUCAAGACAAAGUACAUCAAGCAGACGGCAGAGAUACUUAGAGACAAGUGGAACUCGGACAUACCCGAUAGUAUUGAAGGCCUAGUAUCACUACCGGGUGUCGGACCAAAGAUGGGAUAUCUCUGUCUGAGCGCAGCCUGGGGUCGGACCGAAGUGGUAUCGAAAAGUACAAAGGUCAAGAGAGAAGAAGCUGUAGUAAAAGUCGAAGCGCCUGGGGGUGAAGUUGCGGUGCAGGAGAAGGUAGUAGCUGCUGAGUUUGCUGAGGUCAAAGCCGAGGAUGUGGCAGGUGCAAUGCUGGAUAUCGAGGACAUUGGGAAAGUGCCCCGCAAACGAUCAACACGGAAGAAGUAG